GCGCGUAGACUUGUGGGUAAUUUAAGGUGCAAAGCAGAUCAACACGCUGAGAGAAGACUGUGGGUGGAAAAAAAAAAUAGCUUCCGCAGUUACAGUCAGCUGACGAGCCUAAAUGCUUCCUGAGGUGCACUAGUUGUGCACUCCUUUUAGUUUUGUGACGCAAGGUUUACCAAACAGUUGCGCCGCUCGCCCGGUGUUGUGAUAAUUAGCGCAACAUGAGUCUGAACGAGCAUUCACUGCAAGCCCUGUCCUGGAGGAAGCUGUACCUCAGUCGAGCCAAACUGAAAGCUUCAAGUCGAACAUCAGCUUUGCUCUCCGGAUUUGCCAUGGUCGCGAUGGUGGAAGUGCAGCUCGACAACAAAUAUCCAUACCCACCUGCUCUCCUCAUCGCCUUCAGUGCCUGUACCACCGUGCUUGUUGCUGUUCACCUGUUUGCUCUGAUGGUCAGCACCUGCAUUUUGCCUAACAUAGAGGCGGUCAGUAACGUCCACAACCUCAACUCUGUGAAGGAGUCUCCACAUGAGCGGAUGCACAGACACAUUGAGCUGGCGUGGGCUUUUUCAACUGUGAUUGGGACCUUGCUCUUCCUCGCUGAGGUUGUUCUGCUUUGCUGGGUCAAAUUUCUGCCCAUUAAGCCCGACCAAUCCAACAACAGCACUGUCUCCUCUGGUGUGGCUGCUGCUAUUACCUCCACCUCUAUUAUGGUCCCGUUUGGUUUAAUCUUCAUAGUCUUUGCUGUGCAUUUUUAUCGCUCACUGGUCAGCCACAAGACUGACAGACAGUUUCAGGAGCUGGAGGAGCUGUCUAACCUCACCAGACUUCAAAACGAGCUCGACAACAGAGGGGAAUCUUCAAUCUUACAAUCGCCAAGCUCCCAGUUCCCAUAGACAAAUACCCCGAUUUGUAUUGGAACUUCCUGAUAGGGAAGAAAUUUAGGAUUUACAUUUUUACAAGGAAUGUCUUUCACCAUUUGAAAGUUUUACCUUUUUUUUUUUUAAACACACUUUACCUUACUGUGAUCUCAUGAAUGCGCCAUAAUGCAUGUAGCUGGAAAUCACAAAGUUCUAAAUGUGAUUGUAGCCUAAUAUUACCACUGGUUGUCAGAGAUCCACCCAUCAUUUGUUUCUUGGUUAAAACUUUUAUCUGAUUUCUUUUAAUAUAUAUUUAUAUAUAUAUUGGAGUUUGACCUGCUGAGGAACUACACAUUGUACAUGUUGUUGGUUUAUGUGUUUCUAGACCAAAAGUGGUGUGCUUGAUAACAGCUCUACUGAUUAUGUCAGACAUAUCAUGCCUGGACUUAUUUCUGUUGACUGCUGCAUUUAUUUAUCAUUUAGAAAAGCACAUAAUGUUUAUCAGUUAUUGCACAUCUGUGAUUGUGAAACACAGCCUUUCAACUUUUAGUGUAUUUAAAGAAAUCUACUGUCCUGGCUGUUUUGAACAGUUUGCUGUAUAUGCUGACUAAUAAGCUGCCAACCUUACAGUAUUAAUAGAGUGCUGACAUGUGUUGUGUUUUAAUAAAAACUUUUUAA